CGCUUUUUAAAAAAACUGCUCUUCAAUUGAACAGCUGAUCAUAUAGAGAAUCAUGUGCGGCGACUCCUGCGGCGAGUGCUGCUCUGGUAGCGCUCUCUUCGUCUUUAACGGCAUAGACCUCCUAUGCGGCGUGGCGCUCACUGUCUACAGCCUCUACAUCGGACUCAACCACUUCGCCCCGGAAUGGCUGUACGAGCCCAUACUGGCCGUGGGGGCUCUACUCAUCCUCUCCGCUCUAAUGAGCUGGUGUGGAUCUUCUAAUCGGAGCUGCUCCGUGUGUCUCUCGUGCUCUUCGUAUCUACUGAUUCUGCUGGCUUUGGCCGAAUUGGUUCUGGCUGUUGUGAUUCUGACUCAAGGAUCCACAAUUGAUCAGUUCUUGCGCGAACAUCAACAAGAACUCAAGAUCAAUGAUGAGCAAUUGCGGAGACUUGAAGGGGACAAAUUCAUCCCAGCCUACGGACUCUUGACACUGUUCGUGAUGGAAGUGCUCAGGUUCUGUUGCAGUAGCGAGCUCCACCGUGCACGACGUCACAGGAAAUACCACUACAAACAAUUGAGUACACUUCGGGAUCUGGACGAUGAAUUGCUAGCAGUCAAGAAAGAAAAGGAUAUUUCAAGCAAGUACGCGUCGCUCAAGGACAAGUACAAAAAGAAAUACGUGGCUAUACCCGUGAUCGAGGAUUCGAAAGAGGUGGACCCAUUUUACGUGUAA